AUGACCGACGCGCCUAACGGCUCCAAUGGCCUGCUCAAGCCCUCUGGAAUCCCUCCAGCCAUGCGCGACACCAAGAACUGGGAAGACCAGGACAAGCUCUCCGACUACAUCCCCGUCUCGGCCGACCUCAGUCGAGCCCCCACCGCUUCAGCCUCUGUAUCUAGGGCACAGACACCACCCAGCAAGCGCGGCGCUGAUUCGGACGAUGACGACGAUGAGGAUGCCGAUCAGCUCGACGAUGACGGCGAUGUAUCCAUGUCAUCCCCCUCCAAGACCGCUCGACAGCUCGAAAAGGAGCGCGAGAAGAACGAGCGUGCGGCAGCGCGCAAGCAGGAGAAAGCGGUCAAGGCUGCCCAGAACGAGACGCUCGCUAGCACGCGCGAAGAGAUGGACAAGUCCAAGCUCGCCGAUAGCAUGAAGCGUUUCUCGUACCUCCUCGGCCAGACCGAGCUCUUUCAACACUUUAUCGACAUCAAAAAGGAACGCGACGAGGAGUUUGCACGCAUGCUUGAAGAGUCGCAGCAGGCCAGCUCCAAGAAGGCCAAAAAGGGCGGGGAUACGCGUCGCAGAAAGACCGAAAAGGAGGAGGACGAGGAGCUCCUCAAGGAAGGCGACGAAGAAGAAGAGAGCGCCUUUGUGUUCAACGAGUCGCCAGCCUACGUCAAGGGCGGCAAGAUGAGGGACUACCAGGUCCAGGGUCUCAACUGGAUGAUCUCGCUCUACCACAACGGUAUCAACGGUAUCCUUGCUGAUGAAAUGGGUCUCGGCAAGACGCUCCAGACCAUCUCGUUCCUCGGCUACCUCCGCGACUUCCGCAACACGCCCGGAUUCCACCUGGUCGUCGUCCCCAAAUCCACCCUCGACAACUGGUACCGCGAAUUCCACCGCUGGGUGCCCGGCUUCAACGUGGUCACACUCAAAGGAUCCAAGCAGGAGCGUGAAAAGGUGAUCCAGGACCACCUCCUGCCGCAAGACUUUGACGUGCUCAUCACCACGUACGAAAUGUGUCUGCGCGAGAAGAGCGCGCUCAAGAAGCUCUCGUGGGAGUACAUUGUGAUCGACGAGGCACACAGGAUCAAGAACGUCGACUCGAUGUUGUCUCAAAUCGUGCGUGCCUUCAAUUCGCGUUCGCGCCUCCUCAUCACGGGCACGCCGCUGCAGAACAACCUGAUGGAGCUGUGGUCGCUGCUCAACUUCCUCCUGCCGGAUGUGUUUAGCAACUCGGAAGACUUCGAAUCAUGGUUCAAGGGCAAAGGCGACGAGAACCAAGACCAGGUGGUGCAGCAGCUGCACAAGGUGCUGCGGCCCUUCUUGCUGCGUCGUGUCAAAGCGGAUGUCGAAAAGUCGCUGCUGCCCAAAAAGGAGAUCAACAUUUUUGUCGGUCUCACCGACAUGCAGCGCAAGUGGUACAAGAGCAUCCUCGAAAAGGACAUCGACGCGGUCAACGGCGGUGCUGGCAAGAAGGAGGGCAAGACGCGACUGCUCAACAUCGUCAUGCAGCUGCGCAAGUGCUGUAACCAUCCGUACCUGUUUGACGGCGCUGAGCCCGGUCCUCCUUUCACGACGGACGAGCAUCUGGUCGAUAACUCGGGCAAAAUGGUGAUUUUGGAUCGACUCUUGCGUAAGAUGAAAGAAAAGGGAUCGCGCGUGCUCAUCUUCAGUCAGAUGAGCCGAAUGCUCGAUAUCCUCGAGGACUACUGCCUCUUCCGCGAGUACCAAUACUGCCGCAUCGACGGUGGCACGGCACACGAGGAUCGAAUCGCUGCGAUCGACGAGUACAACAAGCCCGGGUCCGAGAAGUUUGUCUUCCUGCUCACCACCAGGGCCGGUGGUCUGGGUAUCAACCUGACCACGGCCGACAUUGUGGUUCUGUUUGACUCGGACUGGAAUCCACAGGCGGAUUUGCAGGCCAUGGACCGCGCGCACCGUAUCGGCCAAACCAAGCAGGUCUACGUGUUCCGCUUCGUCACGGAGCACGCCAUCGAAGAGCGCAUCCUCGACCGAGCCGCGCAGAAGCUGCGUCUCGACCAGCUCGUCAUCCAGCAGGGACGUGCGCAGCAAGCGGCCAAAGCAGCCCAGUCCAAGGACGACCUGGUCGACAUGAUUCAGCACGGCGCCGAAAAGAUCAUCUCGAACAAGGACGACAUGUCGAUCAACGACGACAUUGACGACAUUAUCUCGCGCGGCGAAGAGCGCACCCAGGCAAUCCAGGCCAAGUACCAAGGGCUCAACCUGGACGAUCUCAACAACUUCAAGUCGGACACCGUGUACAACUGGGAGGGCAACGACUUUUCGGAGCGCAAGCCGAUCGGGCAGCUGUGGAUCGAGCCGAGCAAGCGCGAGCGCAAAGCCAACUACUCGAUCGACAACUACUACCGCGAUGCGAUGCGCGUGGGGCCCAAACCGGCGCAACCCAGAGCGCCGCGUGCGCCCAAGCAGAUCAACAUCAACGACUUCCAGUUCUACCCGGCGCGUCUGGCCGAGCUGCAGGAUCGCGAGACGGCGGCGUACCAGCGUUCGAUUGGCUACCGCGUCCCCGCCAAGGAGGUGGGCGACGGGCAGACGGCCGAUGACGUCGAGGCGGAGCGCAAGCGCGAGCAGGAGUACAUCGACACGGCCGAAGCGCUCACGGAGGAGGAAGUGGAAGAAAAGGAGCAGCUGGCUCAGGAAGGCUUUGGCAACUGGAACCGACGCGAAUUCCAGAUCUUUGUCCGUGGCUGCGAGCGCUACGGUCGGAAAGCGUAUGCGCUCAUCGCUGCCGACAUGCCAGACGCCAGCAAGACGGAAAAAGAAGUGCGCGAAUACUCGAAAGUGUUCUGGGACCGCAUCGAUGAGCUCGCCGACUCGUCCAAGUUGGUCGCGCGCAUCGAAGAGGGUGAAUCCAAGCUGGCCAAGCAGCAGCACCAAGAAGCGGUGCUCAAGCGCAAAGUCCACUCGUACCGCCAGCCACUCUUGCAGCUUAAGGUGCACUACGGCCAGAACAAGGGCAAGAGCUACUCGGAGGAGGAGGAUCGUUUCCUGCUCGUCAAGCUGGCAGAGUACGGUCUCGGUGAGGGGGAUACCUACGAUCGCAUCAAGAAGGACGUCAUGGGCUGGAGCGGGUUCAGGUUUGAUUGGUUUAUCAAGAGCCGUACGCCGCAGGAGCUGGGCAGACGCUGCAACACGUUGGUGUUGUUGGUGUUGAAGGAGAUGGAGGAGGAGGACUCCAAGCUAGGUGGCGGUAAGAAGAGGAAGAGCGGCGUGGAUACCGGGAGCAACGCGGGGAGCAGUAGGGCCGGUACGCCCACAGUGAGCGCAGGUGGCGCGAGUAAGAAGAAGAAGAGGUGA